GCGCGCAUCCGAGCGCCGACUGACAGCGCGGCGUUACGCGCGGAGCCGUAACUCCAGGGGGGAAGAAAACUGCAAAAGAGUGAAAUAGAUAGAGUAACUGAAAGCUCCUUUCCUCGGGAUGAUCCGCAGGUGACUGGAAACGGAUGGUGUUGGCAGCGCUGCCCUGCACGUCUCUCCGCCGUCAAAGGGGCACCAUGAUGGGAAAGGGAGAUCUGAAGAUCGUCAACAAGGGGCUGGAGGAUGAGAUGGAGAUCUCCGGGUACCGACUGUGCCGCUGGAAGCUGGUACUGGUGGGCUUGGGGGCGCUCUGCACUGGGGGAUUCCUGCUGCUGGUGCUCUACUGGAUACCCAACUGGCUAGUCUGGACCACCUGCACUAGGACCACCGUCGGAGAGGCUGAGAUGCUGCUGCUCCGAUCCACAGAUGAGUUCAAGCGGUGGUUCUGGACCAGGGUGCGGGUGAUGUUGGCCCCAGGAAGGGACCCCUUUGACCGCCUGGACGUCCCAGGAAAGACCACCAAGAAGCAGAUGGUGGAGAUUCGCUAUUUCACACUCCACAGCACAACGUACUUCUGGAAUGGUACAGCGCAGAAUUUCGAAGUGUUAAAGGGCUUGGAGGACCUCAUCCUGACAUGCUCAUCCAUCCAUUCAGACCACAGCGCUGGGCUGACCAAAGACUUGCAGGACUUCAGACGGUUGUUUUUUGGAGAGAAUGAAAUCGAUGUGAAAGUUCCCUCACUCUUCAAACUGCUCCUGAAGGAGGUCCUCAACCCUUUCUACAUCUUCCAGCUCUUCAGUGUGAUCCUCUGGAGCACUAACUCCUAUUACUACUACGCUGGAACCAUUGUCUUCAUGUCAAUCGUAUCAAUCGCUACCUCUCUGUAUACCAUUAAAAAGCAAUACGUUAUGCUGCACGACAUGGUCGCCGCUCACAGCGUGAUGCGAGUUUCCAUAUACAAGGCCGAUAACGAGAUCGAGGAUGCUAUGUCCACGGACCUGGUCCCUGGGGACGUGAUGGUUAUCCCAACUAAUGGAACCAUCAUGCCGUGUGACGCCGUGCUGAUUAGCGGGAUGUGUAUCGUUAACGAAAGCAUGCUCACAGGUGAGAGUGUACCUGUCACGAAGACCAACCUACCCGACCCUGGGCAGGACAAGAGGGAGUCGACCUCCGACCCCGUGUACAGCACAGACGGGCAUAAGCGUCACACGCUGUUCUGUGGCACCCAGGUCAUCCAGACACGCUUCUACUCCGGGGAGCUGGUGAAAGCCGUGGUGGUCAGGACUGGCUUCAGCACUGCAAAGGGCCAGCUGGUUCGUUCCAUCCUGUAUCCCAAGCCUACUGACUUCAAGCUUUACCGCGAUGCCUACCUCUUCCUGAUGUGUCUGGUGGCUGUAGCUGCUAUUGGCUUUAUCUACACCAUCGUGAUAAGCAUCAUGCACCAGGUGCCAGCCCAGACCAUCAUUGUUAAGUGUCUUGACAUCAUAACCAUCACAGUUCCCCCGGCGCUACCAGCUGCCAUGACAGCAGGAAUAGUGUAUGCUCAGCGACGGCUCAAACGUGCCGGCAUCUUCUGCAUCAGUCCUCAGAGGAUCAACAUCUGUGGUCAGCUGAACCUGGUCUGCUUCGACAAGACAGGAACGCUCACGGAGGAUGGACUGGAUUUGUGGGGGAUUCAGCGCGUGGAAGCUGGCUGCUUUUGCUGUUCGGAGGAGAAGGCAUGUCAGGAGUACCUGGUGACUUCGGCAUUUGUAGCCUGCAUGGCUACAUGCCACUCGCUGACCCGGAUCGAUGGGAAGCUCUCGGGGGACCCUCUGGACCUCAAGAUGUUUGAGGCCACAGGCUGGGUUCUGGAGGAAGCCUCAGAGGAAGAGACGUCCCUUCACAACAACAUCAUGCCUACUGUGGUGCGGCCGCCCAGGCAGCUGUUUCCCGAGCCAGUCUCGUCCCCGGGGCAGGACGUGGAGCUGAACGAGUUGCACUCCUCGUACGAGAUCGGUGUCGUGCGGCAGUUCCCUUUCUCGUCCUCGCUGCAGAGGAUGAGCGUGGUGGUUCGGCGGCUCGGAGAGAAACACAUGGAUGCCUACCUGAAGGGGGCGCCAGAGGUGGUGGCUGGGCUCUGCAAAGAAGAAACAGUGCCGGCAGACUUUGCUCAUGUGCUGGAGGACUACACCAAGCUGGGCUUCCGGGUCCUUGCCCUCGCACACCGGUGCCUCGAAGCCAAACUCACCUGGCACAAAGUGCAGAACAUCAACAGGGACGUCAUAGAAAACAGCAUGGAUUUCCUGGGCCUGAUCAUCAUGCAGAACAAGCUGAAAGCAGAGACCCCCAAGGUUCUGGAGGACCUCCGGCAGGCCAACAUCCGCACGGUGAUGGUUACAGGAGACAACAUGUUGACUGCAAUAUCAGUGGCGCGAGACUGCAGAAUGAUACCCCCGCAGCACAGAGUCAUCAUUGCAGAUGCGCUGCCCCCAAAGGACGGCCAGACGGCCAGGAUCGACUGGCAGUACACAGAUGACCCUGGUCUCCCGGCCUCUAAGGGCGCUCAGUAUGAGGCAGUCGAGAUGGGAUUAGACGAGGCGGUCGAUGAGGAGCGUUACCAUUUCGCCAUAAGCGGCAAGUCCUUGGCCGUUGUGAUAGAGCACUUUCCCGACCUGGCGCAGAAGCUGGCAUUGCAUGGCACCGUGUUCGCCCGCAUGGCCCCCGACCAGAAGACCCAGCUGGUGGAGGUGUUGCAGAGCAUCGACUACUGUGUGGGGAUGUGCGGCGAUGGCGCCAACGACUGUGGCGCCCUGAAACGAGCCCACGGUGGGAUCUCCCUGUCGGAGCUCGAGGCCUCUGUAGCCUCUCCCUUCACCUCCAAGACACCCGACAUCUCCUGUGUGCCCACCCUCAUCAGGGAGGGACGUGCUGCUCUCAUCACCUCCUUCUGUGUGUUCAAGUUCAUGGCCCUGUACAGCAUAAUCCAGUACAUCAGCGUCACCCUGCUCUACUCCAUCCUGAGCAACCUGGGAGACUUCCAGUUCCUCUUCAUCGAUAUCGCCAUCAUUCUGGUGAUCGUCUUCACCAUGAGUCUGAACCCGGCCUGGAAGCAGCUGGUGGCGCAGCAUCCCCCCUCAGGCCUCAUCUCGGGACCCCUGCUCUUGUCCGUCCUGACGCAGAUCCUCGUGAGCCUAGGCUUCCAGGUGCUCUGCUUCCUCAGCGUCCAGCACCAGAGCUGGUACGAGAAGUGGACGCCUGCCUCCGAUGCCUGUAACACCACCGGGCUCAAGAUACUGCCAACCCACAAUGCAACAGCAGGCCACAACCACAGCAGUAAAAACAUCAUGAACUAUGAAAACACCUCCCUGUUCUACGUCUCCUGCUUCCAGUACCUCGUUGUGGCCAUAGUUUUCUCCAAAGGGAAGCCCUUCAGACAGCCCAGUUACAAAAACUGGCCGUUCCUGCUGUUGGUUUCUGCGCUGUACUUCUUCACCUUCUUCAUCAUGCUGUACCCCAUCCCCGCCAUCGACGCCUUCCUGCAGAUUGUGUGCGUUCCUGUCCAGUGGCGUCUCAUGUUGGUCAUCAUCAUCCUUGUCAACACAGGGUUGUCUGUUCUCAUGGAGACCUUCAUCCUUGAUGUCGUCUUAUGGCGACUGGUGUUCAGCCGGGGAAAGCGCAGCGGCAGUGACGUCGCGGUUGCUUCCCAAACACCUCAGUCAGCCAUCGACCUAUGGGGGGCCAAAUGUCUGUCGUGGCUGUGUUGCCGUGGCAACGCAGCCCUUAGCACUCGCUACGAGCGGCUGGCCCAAGAGCUGAAGAUGGACCACAGCUGGCCACCCCAACCGAAGACCACCACCGUGGCUAAGACCACAGAGAACAGUUCCUACUCAGUUGUCCCUGCUCACUAGCGCCCCCUUGGCUACUCAGAUGAGGAGGAAUGGGACAAAUCAGUUUCUGGAAUCACACUGACUUUGACUGUAUCAGCGAACAACACAGGGAGACUGAUGAAACAUGCUUAUAACAUCGCCAUCAAGCUCUACAUUCUAACCUAUAUACAGAUGUAAAAAGCACCUGUGUGAUCUGUCUCUUGUCAUUGUUUUUGCUGCUGUGAUUUGGCACACACUGGGCCCUAUGAAUUCACAUGUGGGAGGGGCUCAUAUUGAUUAUUGCUGUGACUGAUUUUAAUGUAGAUAUUUAUAAGUGAAAAAUAAGGCAGUAGGCUUCCACUGGAAGUUGUUUUUCUGGUGCACUCUUGUUUCACUGAUUGCGCGGUGGGACGGUACCUGCAGAGUACUGUAAAGGCCCAUAUUCUCAUAAAGCACACUUUUUUAAAUAGCACAAUAGGAUUUGUACCACUUGGAAUUAUCUAUGCAUUUAUUUGUUCUGCCUAUUCUUCCUGUGGAAGAACAAUCAAGGCCUAAAAAUUGUGAAAAAUGAGGCAUCAUGGGGUUUGCUUGCAAUAUUAACACUUUAUGAGGAAGUCUGCUAUUAAUGUCCAUGCGUACACAUUAUGUUGCCUGUCACCUUGCCAGAAAACAUGAGGUUUUGUUUAGAGGUUUGUCAUCAUGGUUACAAAGAGCAAAUUUGUUUUCCUCUGCGUUUGAUAAGGGGAUCCAACACGAAGGAAGUAGAAGCGUGUGUUAAUUGUGCAUCGAGGAUCUGCCCUUGUGCAUGGGCAUCAGACACAGCUUUGAAUGACUGCGCAUGCACAGUGUGGGAUUCUUGUAUUUUGGGAAAUGAGAAGUGCACUGCGCUUUUACAUUCCAAAAGAAGAGGUUCAUACAGUCUCUCAGAAAUCAUUACGAAAAAAUGAUAAAAUAUUUGCAAUUAAGACACGCCUCGAAUUAGCCUUUAUUUAAAGAUAAUGUUGUUUUUGUGUAUAAUAAAUCUAGGUGGGUAGGAAUGGGUAGUCAUGUUAAAACUUGUAAUAGUCUGUACCCUAAGAAGUCCUUGUGCACAUCAUACCAAACACACUAUUAAAAGAAAAAGAAUCUUGCAACAAAUUAGUGCCAAAUUAAUAACAGCAUUUUUUGUUCUAAAAGGCAAAGUGGUACUGUUACAAAUCUUACAAUAAGCAAAAACAAUAUUUUAUUACCACAUUUCAGUCAAAACUUAUAGUUUCCCUCAUUAGUAAGGGCUUGUUUAGAGUAAAAUAUAUGAUGUGAAUACUGAAAUUUGCCAUCAAAUACCAAAAUUGUAGGUUGUCUCUCACAAUAUUAUGAAAUCCAUUUAGCCUGUAGCAGUAAUAAUAAAGUGAGGGUGUGUAAAUACAUGCAUAUGUUUCAAUGUCAGCUGAAUCAAAAUGGAUAUAGAUAAGUCAUUUUUAUUUCAAAAUGUUGGGGUUUUUUUUUUUAGAUGUGUGCAACACGCAGUUAUUGACUCUGUGUGCGUGUGUCAGUGCUGUAGUGGGACGUUGCUGUUCUGUUACGGCAGGAAUGUUACCACGGUGCAGAAAGAGCCCAAAGGGCAGGACAAACAGGGUACUACGUUUCAGCGUGCGCUUUCACGUGUUCGAGCAGCGGUCGAGUCCCGGCAGAGAAGCGUGGAGAGGCUGCACAGGCCCAACAAAAGUGUCCAUUCUGUGACAAGCUCACCUCACUUGUCUGUUUUUACACUAUUGUCUCGUACAGAUGACUGCCACUGAAAACAAGCAAACCGCAGCGUUUUCAUCACUUUCUAUCACUUUAACCGCAGCAGUCUGGUGUUUUCUUCCACCAUCAUGUAAAGACAUUUUAUGUUGUUUUCCAUUUGUCACAAAUCCUCUUUUUAGUCCUUGUGCCUUCGUAACUACUUUAGUCUCUUAUAUUUUUCAAAUGCAAUAAAAUUUG